UUCAUUCUACCCACUCGUGGUCGCGCGGAUCUGUCAGUAACCGGAUACGGCGUGGGGGUCGGUUUGUAAAUCGUUGUAAGUAGUUUUUUUUUUUUUUAGGGUUUAGUUUCUCUUCAUAUGUCCAGCAAUAACAUAAGCAGUUGUUCUAAGUAUAAUUGUCUUGGUUAUAAUGGGCGUUCUGUUAUUAUAAGCACAGCAAUGGAGGAAAUGGUUUAAAAACCCACAGCACGGUUCACUCUCAGUAGCUCAAGCUUCUCCCGGUCUUACUGGGCGGAUUCAACUUGCGCAGUUUGUCGCUGGACAUGGCAGGCGGCUUGAAAGCGGGAUUCGUUCGUCUCAUGCAAUAUUUGCAGGACCCUCAGCACGUCGCGCGCUUCCAACGGCUUUGCGGGGUGCGCGGGACCGAGCCGCGUGACAGACUCCGUAACGGGGUGCCAAACGCUCGCCACGGGGAUGUUCAGAACGGAGACGGGGACGCCACCCGCCGUAGAACAGCAGGAGCAGAGAGCGACAGGGAGAAACGCAAUAACGGCGUGGCGAACGGGGCUGCGGGAGAAAACGUCAACGGGCAGGCGCGGGAUAAAGACGGGGUCGAGGCUCAAGGAUCCGCGGUAAAGCCGUUGCGCAGAAACUCUCUCACCGGAGACGUCGGGCAGGAGUUCAUCAUCGACAAUAAGUUUCUUUAUUACCUGUUCACGCUUGGUACCGAGCUUGGGAACGAGCUGUUCUACAUCUCAUUCUUCCCGUUCUUCAUGUGGAACGUGGACGCGUAUGUGAGCCGCCGGUUAGUCGUGGUCUGGGUGUGGGUCAUGUAUCUCGGCCAGUGCACGAAAGAUGUGAUCCGCUGGCCGAGACCUGCCUCGCCUCCAGUGGUCAAGGUGGAGAUGUUCUACAACUCGGAGUACAGCAUGCCCUCCACGCAUGCCAUGUCCGGUACCGCCAUACCGUUGAGCCUAUUCCUGCUGACCUACCGUCGAUGGGAGUAUCCUCUGCUGCUGGGUCUCUCUCUAGCCAUCAGCUGGUGUGUCCUGGUGUGUUUGAGCCGCAUAUACAUGGGCAUGCACUCCAUACUGGACAUUAUUGCUGGUUUUCUGUACAGUUUGCUGAUCCUGGUGGUCUUCAGUCCUGCUCUGGACAUCAUCGACACCUUUAACCGCACACAUCCCUACGCGCCGCUCAUCAUCAUCUCACUUCACGUAGGACUAGGCCUCUUCUCCUUCACCUUGGACACCUGGAGCACCUCACGUGGCGACACCGCCCAAAUCCUGGGCUCUGGCGCGGGGAUCGCCUUGGCAUCCCACAUCAACUACCACCUGGGCCUUUUGCCAGACCCACCUGCAUCCAUGUUUCCUCUUCAACCCCCAUCUUUCACCCUCAGCCUGAUCGGACUCUGUCUACUCCGCUUUCUCCUAGGUGUCAUCAUUCUCCUGGCUACCAGAGCCAUAAUGAAGGCUCUCACCAUCCCGCUCAUCUGCUGGCUCUUUGGCAUUCCCAGCAGCGAUGUCCGGAAGGCCAGGCAGCACAUGGAGGUGGAGCUGCCAUAUCGUUAUAUCGUCUAUGGAGCUGUGGGGUUAAAUGCGCAUUUUCUUGUGCCUUUCCUGUUUGCAUGUGUGGGUCUGUUGUGAUUAGGUGGAAGAAAUGCCUAUUCUUUUAGCCAAUAAGAGCCCAGUUGGACUGCAGAGGCCACUCUCUUCGAAUCAGUGAUUGGAUAGAACUAACGGCGAUCAUGUAACACUGUGCUGUACCUUCCAGAUGCUCCUUGAAUGCAUUUUCCAUCAUUUAUACUGUAGUUUUAUCAGAUUUUCUAUUCAAAACACCUAUUUGGUGUUAAUACAGAGAUUAUUGCCCAUUUCUAUGCAGUUUGCAUGCAUGUAUAGUACAGUAGCAUAUCUAUCAGAUUCUAUUCUUAUCCAAAAUCCUAUUGUAAACUUUAUACCCUACAGAGCUUAUGUUUUUUGCAAGCAAUACAGCAUUUUUGCUAAUUCUCAAAUUUUAUGGGAUUUAUGACUAAUCUUUUGGCUAGUUUUGUUCAUGCCACAGUAGGUGAACUUAAACUCUUGCAUCAAGAGUUGAUUGAAAUCUCUCUUGCGAAGAUGUGACACAUGCAUAUUAGCGUGCAAAAUCAAUGCGAUGAAUUGUCUGGAACUGAUGCCAGCAAUAUAUAUUUCUUUUGUUUGCGAGAUUUAAAUCUGAAAUCUGACAUGUUAAUAGAAAUGGUCAGUGUUGGGAGCAGCGCUGAUGUUUGUGGUAAUUUUUGUUGCAGUUAAUUGAGAUGUUUAGUUUUUGAUCUAAAGAAGGUUGGACUAUUCUCCAAAGACUUUUGUAAUGAUGGAAGCCUUAAACGGAUAGUUCAUACAAAAUGACAGUUCUGUCAUUUUACUCACUCUCAAUAUUUGACCUGUGGAGCAGAAGAAAAUAUUUCGAGAAAUGUCUUUUUGUGGAUAUAAUAGAAGUCAGUGGGCUUAUAAAAGAUGAUAGAAUUUUCUCCCCCCCCACUGUUCGUUGAACUGACCACUCAAGUAGUUUCUCUAGGCAUUAAAAUGCCUUGCGGAUGCACUUGUGAUUUAAUUUUGUUUAAUACUGGAUCAGUUUAACUUUUUUUGUUCUUAUAUUAAAUACAUAUCGGGAAGUCUGGCUCGUAAUCAGAAUUUUAUUAGACUUCAAUCUCAGUCUGCUGUUAUUUCCUGUAAGUUGCUGCUUAAAAUAUGGUACUAUAUUUGUGUGUAAAUAUGUGAGGCAUUAUCGAUCGCAAAGAAAAGCAGCACUAGACUAAUAAAUGUUUUCUCUGCUAGCAUUUAGCGGUGUGCUUUCAGUCAGGUUGAAACACAAGGUUUGCCACUAAGCCUAUGAAUAAUUCUGCCUUCUGAUAAUCAAGGCUGUGUUUGAUGUAUAGUUAAGAUGAAUUUGUGGUACUGAUUUAAAUGCACUGUUCCCAGAUUGCACUGCUCUGCUGCCUGCUGUUGUGCGUGUCGCUGCGAUGGCCUUAUAAUAGGUCAGGCUUGCAUGACACUGCUGUGUGCGUGCGUUUAUACUCUUCCUGUGGCCUUGUGUGUCUUUGUGCACAUGUAAGUUCCUAUUUUUGCUGAAAGAGAGGAUGGUUUCCUAACUCCUCACUUCUGUAAACAGGAUUUUUAUUUUUAUUGUUUUGGAUUCUCCGAAUGAUGAGAAAACCAGCUAUUCUUCUCCGCGCAGAGCAAUGCUGACCUCUGACCCUUCAUCUAGAACAAUGCAGAUCUAUGUAAUUUUAAGGUCAGAGGUUAUAUGGAAGAGACAAAGGUCGGAGGUUGUAUUUAGGACAGAAUAUAAGAAGGAGAUUGUCCUUGAUGAGCAUUGCUUUCUGGACAAUUGUGCUUGUUCCUUACUGCGCGAUUCCAUAAUAAUUGUGAUUUUGGAUGGCAGUAGAUAGAUUGUAGCAUUUGUUUUCACUCAGGCCUGUGUUCUAGUAAUCCGUCAUGUUUUUAUGACCAAAUAGGAGUUCUUUCAGUAGCCCCACACUGAAUCUGUAGGAUUUUCAAAAGAUUGGAUUGCAUAUCAUUCAAAAAACUCAAGACAUGCUGUAGCCCUUUCUUGUUUAUUUAAUAUUUUUAUAAUAUUUUUUAAUAACUAUUUAACUACAAAAAAAAAAAAAAAACAUAGUAGUCCCAGGUCAAUUUACCUCAUUUUCCCAUAUUUAAAUGAAAACAGUUCCCCUGUAAUCAGCACCGAAUGAUUUUGGUAUAACAGCUUAUUCUGAAUAAACAGAUUCAAUUUAGAUACCACACAGUGCCUUUUAUCUAAAUCUCUUCUAUGUUUGAUAAGCACAGACAAUUAUUUCCAUCGGUUUCUUUUACAUUCUUCUUUCUUUCAUCUAAGUAGAGCAUUUGACAACCUUUAAACUAAAGUGGAACAGAUCAGAAUGGCUGAUUGCUGCUCAGUCCAUCCUGGUUCAUCCUGUCUUGUUUUUUAAAACUACAACCACUAAAAUAAUCCAAUUAAUUAAAAAUAUGGAAAUUUUGCCUUGGCAACUAACUGAAAUUAAAAACGCUUUACUUGGAGUAUUAAAUUACUAAAACUGACAUUAAAACCAUAUCUAAAAAAAUGAAAAAAGCACAUAAAAUUAAAUUGUAAACUGAAAAUAUAAAAAUAAAAGCUAACUCCAAAUAGUUGUAAAUACAGUCAUAAUAAAUAUAAUACUAAAAUAAGAUUGUGUUUGUCUGCGAUCAGCUCCACGUCUUGUUUACUGUUUUUCAAACAAGAAAAAAGAUUGCAUGUUAAAUAUGUCAGUUUGCUGUCAUAACCAUUUCAUAAUUAUAUUACAGAACUGUAACAUUUGUCUCAUUUGAACAGACACCCUCCUAUUGCUUCGGAUGUUAAUCAGUAGGAUUUUUAAAAUGUCUGGUUGUUUGUUUGCUACUUAUUGUGUUUUUCAAUUGUCAUUUUUCACCAAAUGUGUCCCAGAAGCUUUGGAUACUGUAUGUGUGUUUGUGUAGAAUUUUAUUUUGGAGCUCUGAUUCUCCUGUUUGAAUAUUAAUCUUGGUCUUUUUGAUUUCAUUUUUAAUGAUCUGUAAAUAAGGAUGACUUUGCCAUCUCUUAAUAUUGUGGGAGGCAUUCUGAAAGUGUUAAGAGCAUGAUGUAGAUCCAUUGUAAAACCUGCAACUAUUAAAAAUAUCCAAUUUUAAAAAUGUAACAAACUGAACAUUUAGACAAAACAAAAGUCUCCUGACCAUCCAGCACUUGACACCGGAAGAAUCGCACUCCCACAGGGCUAAAAACAUUAUGCACAACUGACCAAGAAUUCAGUGUUAUAAGGAGACCUGUGCCCUUAAGUUAAUAAAAUGGCUUGUUAUAGAAGCUUUACAUUUUUUUUUUCAUAGAAAUUGUUAUCUGAUGAUCUUUAUUGUUUCUUACAUCAAGUUUGAAUAUUAUGCUCAAUAAAAAUCAAAAAUGCUAUUACUUUUAUUACAUUAAAUAAAGAAAUGGUAUCUUAUUAA